AUGAAGUACUCAUUCACUGCCAUGAUCGCACUCUUUGUCGCUGUUGCCAUCGCUGCACCUGCGCCCCAGAUCAUUGGAGGCUCUGGCUCAGUUGGCUCAGUCAGUGGCUUCAGCUCAGUCGACGGACUGCCUCCCGUAGGAGGCAGCGUCACGGGAGGUACCCUCAAUGGACUCCCUACGCCCCCUGUUGGCGUGUUCGUCUAA